GCGACCCUGGGCCCCUCGUCCCGCUGCCCUGACACCUGCCAGAGCCGGGAUCCCGCUUCCCCUGCCUGGAUGCUGCUCCCUCUGCUGCUCCUCCCCUGGGCAUGGGGGGCCCUGGCCGCCUCCCCUCCUGUCCCCCCAGGGUCUCUCACCCUCCGGCUGCUCAAAACCACUGUCUUCCACAACGCCAGUUCUAGGAACGUGGAGGGGUUGGCCCUGGUGGGCGACCUGGAGACCCACUCCAUGAAUUGCAGAACCUGCGAGAUCCGCUUCCUGCAGCCCUGGGCCCAGCAGGGCCUGACCCCGAAGCAGUGGCAGGACCUGGAGACAGUGCUCCAUGACUAUCUGUCCAAAUUCAUCCUUCUUAUGAACAAAGUGGUUAAGGCUGAAGACGAGCACUACCCCUUUGUCAUCCAGGCCUCCAUCGGCUGCGAGCUCCACCCCAACGGCACCUCACGGCACUUCUGUGACGCCGCGGUGAAUGGGGAGGAUUUCAUCAGCUUCAAUGUGGACGAGGGCACCUGGGUCGCUCAGCACUGGCGUAAGCUGGCCCUCAACUCACGGGACUUUCUUAACCAGGAUAAGGGCACGAUUGCCAUGGCUCAGUUUCUCCUAAGAACAACGUGUGUCAAUGAGCUCAAGAGCUUUGUCCAGUACGGGAAAGAGUCUCUGGCGAGACAAGAGCGGCCGGUCGCCGUGGUGUUUGCCCGGGCGCCUCCCCCAGCCGGGACCCCCGCGCCGGUACUGCUGGUUUGCCGGGUCACCGGUUUCUACCCCCGGCCCGUCCGCGUGGCCUGGCUGCAGGACGGGGAGGAGGUGGGGCCGGGCGGGCGGCUGAACUCCAGCGGGAUCCUGCCCAACGCGGACCUGACCUACCAGCUGCGCAGCUCCCUGGCCGUGGGGCCGGGCGCCGGGCACAGCUACGCCUGCCGGGUGCAGCACAGCAGCCUGGGGGGCCGGAGCCUGCUGAUCCCCUGGGGGCACAGCAGGCCCUGGGGCCCCGGCCUGGCCGUGGGCAUCACCCUGGGGGCUCUGGCUGUAGCCGCCGUGGCCGUGGUGCUGUGGUGGAGAAUGCGCAGGGGCCACCAGGACGUCCCACCAGAGGAGCCCAGAGCCUGA